UUGUAAAUGAUAUAUAAAAAAUUUCUUAAGGCUAUGCUUUUAGAAUUUGAAAGUACGCGGUGUAACGUUGUUACCACUGAAGAAGAAUUAAUUUUUUUCAUUAGUAAUAGGAGUUUCAUCCGACAGAUGACGCACAUCAUCUCUUCUGGGUCGAAAGAUAGAUAAAACAGUUACGAAGAACAGGCAAACAGACAUUCAGAUAGAAAAAAAUAUUAAUAAGAGUAACGUAAGUUUUGUAUACUCUAAUAUGAAAAAUGUAAACUUUUUCAUUUUUGAUUGUUGAAUUAUGUAUGGUGCAUUUUAAAAUUAUUGCGAAAGUAAUCAUAUUAUAUCGAAAAUGACGUUAAAUCACAUUAGCAAGUUUGCUUUUCGAAUUUGUUUACAAAGGCAUAAGGUUGCUAAUGUAAAACUAAUACAAAGUCGAACCAUCGCAUUAAAUGCGCGACAAUCUGAACAGAAAAUAUUAGAAUGUUUAAAUAAAAGAUCUAUAUUACGUCUCAGUGGACAUGAAUCUGCUACCUUUUUACAAGGUUUGAUAACAAAUGAUAUAGAAUAUCUUAAAGAAGGCUCUGCAAGUAUUUAUUCUUUGUUUUUAAAUAUCAAAGGUAGAGUAUUAUACGAUACUAUUUUGUAUAAAAGCAAAGAAGAUAAUGUAUUUUACAUAGAAUGUGAUACUGAAGUAGUGGAGUCUUUAGAAAAGCAUUUAAAGAUGUAUAGGAUAAGAAAAAAAAUAGAUAUAUUAUGUAUAGAUAAAAAUAUGAAAGUUUGGUCUAUGUUUGAUCCAACUAAGGUCAUUGAUGGCGAAAAUAACAGUUCUUUUGAAGCCUCUAUUUUACCCUGUGAUACUACAAAUAACAAAGCUAGCAAAUUUAUAGGCAAUAUUAUAAUAUGUCAAGAUCCUAGAUCAUCAAGUUUUGGCUUAAGAAUUCUUGCUGACUCAGAUAUUGAAAGAUCCGAAAUCAUAAAAUAUUUAGAUCCUAAUAUCUCUAUUUCUGAGGAUAGUUUAAGCUACAAAGAAUUUAAAUACAAAAUUGGUCUUGCUGAAGGUGUCAAUGAUUUACCACCAGGCAAACCAUUACCUCUGGAAAUUAAUUGUGACUAUUUACACGGUAUUAGUUUUCAGAAAGGUUGCUAUAUUGGUCAAGAACUAACAGCUCGUACAUAUCACACUGGUGUAGUGAGAAAACGUUUAUUACCUUUCAUAUUUGAUCAGAUUCCAACUAUAUCUUUUAAAUAUGAUGAAAAAAUCUUUGAUGAAUCUGACAAGAUGACUACUUCAACGAUCCAAGAGUCUAAGGAAAAAACGAAAGAAAUCUUUUCAUGCUCUUUCUGUACUUUACAAGAAUAUUUUGAUUUUAAGGGCUCAAAACCUCCUUUCGCACGACAUAUCACUUAUUUAGAAGAAUGUUAUGUUAUGAAAGAUCCUUUUGAUUUAACUGCUAAAGAUGUUCUAGUUAUUGGAGGAGAUUGUAAUAUUUGCAAAAAAGCAGUGUGUCUAGGAUGCAGUGUAUUUUUUACUAAAAGAUUUUGUCAAUCUUGUGCUGCAAACAAUUCAGAUAAAUUACCUUCACAAAUUCUCUCGAAAAUCAAGAUAUAACAAACAGCUGUUUUUUAAUGAAAUUAUAUACGUAGUACUGAAAAUAUAUCAUUUGUUUCAUAUA